ACUGUCGCUUUUGUCGAGAUUCAAAAUGGCCGCUACUGAGGCUCAACAUUGUUACGAAAUUCGCAUUUUCACACUUCUUUUUAUCACUAUGUUGUGAUUAUUACGUGUGCUGAAUUUAGUAAGGAAUACGAUCGCAUGUCUUUGAUGGACACUUAAUCCGGAUCGAUUUCCAAAAUUGGGUGAUAAGAUCAUAUGUGUUUCGCUAUAGUUGUAAUUCUCGGUCGUAACCCUCUACGAGACCGUAUGUUUGUGAGAAGAUUUCUUUUUGUUAUCUCGUUCCCCGUUCCAUAGUCCUCAACUACUCGUUCUUGAAACAAUUGUAAACAUUGCGAGAUAUAGGAAGUAAAACGUACAAAAAGAAACGCGUAGGCGUUAAUAGUAUGGCCGAGAAUAUGUCUCAUAAAGAUGGUCACGAGAUGCAUGGUCAUACUGCCAGGAUGUCAAACAAUGGAGCUGGCUCGGACAGCGAUAUGAAGCUUGAACCAUCCAGUCCAACAGAACGUUACACAUUUUCACGAUGCAGCAGCACUGGUUCCGUUAAUACACCUUCAUCUUCUGCUCACAACACAGAGGAUGAAGACAGUGACAACAAAAGCUCGACAAUAAGUUACAAAGAGCGUCGCAGAGAAGCCCAUACUCAAGCGGAACAAAAACGACGGGAUGCAAUCAAGAAGGGUUAUGAUUCCCUUCAAGAUCUUGUACCGACCUGUCAACACACUGACUCAUCCGGUUACAAACUCUCCAAGGCAACUGUGUUACAAAAAUCCAUCGACUACAUACAAUUUCUGCUCCAGCAGAAAAAAAAACAAGAGGAAGAAAGAAACGCAUUAAGAAAGGAGGUUGUAGCACUUAGAAUAAUGCAAGCCAACUACGAACAAAUCGUGAAAGCUCAUCAAACGGAACCGGGACACGCAGAAAUGAGAGUUUCGGACGAGACCAAAUUCCAAGUGUUUCAAGCAAUCAUGAAUCAACUUUUUUUAACCUUCAACAAUAUAUCCGUUGCGAAUUUCGCCGAAUUGUCCGGCUGUGUGUUUAGUUGGUUGGAAGAGCACUGUAAACCCCAGACGUUGCGAGAGGUAGUUCUUGGCGUACUACAGCAGCUUAACAGCCAAAUUAGCUAGUCAAAAGAAAUCCAUCGUUAUUACAUACUUGAAACCAACCACCAUGCUGCCUCCUCACUGCUCGGUCGAGAAACGAAGAAUUAGUCUGUUGGAAGGAAGGGAAAAUAUUACCCAUUUGGUGGGUAAACUUGACCGAGAGUGCUAAUAGAGUUACCAGAAUACAUUCAGCAGGGAAAUCAAGAUGCCUUUUAUGGGGAGUUUGCAAUCGACCUCCCAUCUCGUUACGAAAUAAUGAUAAUAAUAUUAACCCGUAACCCGGUCAAAGUCCAUUGUCCGUGUUAAAAUCUAUUGAAACUUUUAUACCUUGGCGCCCCAUUUAGCAACAAACUCGAAUAGAAACGUCAAGUUUGAAAGAUUUUUUCAAACUCGAACUCGGGAAAUGCGUCAGGCACCGAUGAUUAAUUUGACUGGAGUAGGGUGUCGUAAAAACGUUGAUCGUAUAAGGGACGAUAAUAACAACACAAUGAGGAAAUAUUACAAAUUAUUUUAUAUAUACGAAAGGAAAAAAGUUUUUUCCAACAAUGAUGAAAGUCUCCCGUUGCGGGAUUUCUCGUUCUGUUUUUACCUGAGUAAGAUUUGAAAGUACCUUUUUUUUGUCAGAUAUUUUUUAUUACACACGUUGCCAUAUACGAAUAAAUGGGUAUAUAUAUA